ACGGCGCUCGGAGCAGCCUCUGGGACAGUACAGGCGAGCGCUGGCCGUGUGCUGCUCUCGUGCCGGCGUCGCCCCGCCUCUAAGGUAGGACCCGCCCCCGCCCUCGGUGCCUGGGACCUGGCGUGCGCUUCUGCUCCGCUGCCCUGUGCCGGGCAUCCGGUCUCGGACAGCUAGUAGGAGCGGGUGUGCGGCUGUGGGGACAAGUCUAUUUUGUAGUUCACUGCCCCCGCCACGGUCUUCGCGACCCUCUUCUGAGCUGCCCGAACGCUGACGUCGAGUUCUGAACAUGGAGAAGUUUGGGAUGAAUUUCGGGGGCGGACCGAGCAAGAAGGACCUGUUGGAAACCAUUGAGACGCAGAAGCAGCAGCUCCUCCAGUACCAGGCACGUCUCAAGGAUGUGGUCCGCGCCUAUAAAAGCCUACUGAAAGAGAAAGAGGCUCUGGAGGCCAGCAUUAAGGUGCUGUCGGUAUCCCACGAGGCGGAUGUGGGCCUCAGAGGUGUCCAGCCUCCAGGCCUCACUUUUCCUGACUCUGUAGAUGACCGAUGCUCCACUCACAGCGAGGAUAGCACUGGGACCGCCACCAGCUUGGAUACUGCGGCCAGCCUCACCAGCACCAAGGGUGAGUUUGGGGUAGAGGACGACAGACUGGCUCGCGGACCACCACCUCCAAAGUCUGAGGAGGCCAGCGGGUCGGAGAGCGGCGUCAGCAGUAGCAGUGGGGAAGGACCCUCUGGGGGUGGGGAGGCGGACAAACGACUGCACCAGCUGAAGACUCAGUUAGCUACUUUGACCAGCUCUUUGGCUACGGUCACCCAGGAGAAGUCUCGCAUGGAAGCUUCUUACCUGGCUGACAAGAAGAAGAUGAAACAGGACUUAGAGGAUGCCAGUAAAAAGGCCGAGGAGGAGAGGGGCCGUCUGGAGGGAGAGUUGAAGGGGCUGCAGGAGCAGAUCGCAGAAACCAAAGCCCGCCUUAUCACCCAGCAGCAUGAUCGGGCCCAAGAGCAGAGUGACCAUGCCUUGAUGCUUCGUGAGCUCCAGAAACUGCUGCAGGAGGAGAGGACCCAGCGCCAGGACUUGGAGCUUCGGCUGGAAGAGACCCGCGAAGCUCUGGCGGGGCGGGCAUAUGCAGCUGGUCAGAUGGAAGGGUUUGAACUGCAGACCAAGCAGCUGACCCGUGAGGUGGAGGAGUUGAAAAGUGAGCUGCAGGCUCUUCGAGAUGAGAGGAAUCGGCCAGACCCGCGACUGCAGGAGCUUCAGGAAGAGGCUGCUUGCCUGAAGAAUCAUUUCCAGGCCCAGUUGCAGCAGGAAAUGAAGAAGACAGCCCUUGUGGAAGAUCAGCUACGCCAGCAGUCUCAGGUGGAAGAGCAGAGGGUGGCAGCCCUGGAGAAUCAAAUUUCUGAGGUGUCGGAACUGCUGGGCACCUAUGAGAAAGCCAAGCAGAAGGACCAGCUGGCCAUCCAGAAGCUAAAGGAGCGCAUUCUGCAGCUGGACCUGGAGAACAAGACGCUGGCUCUGGCAGCCUCCAGCCGAUCUCCUCUCGACGGCCACGGAGAGGAGUCCAGUCUGGAUGUCAACGUCCUGAAGGAUAAGAUGGAGAAGCUGAAGAGGCUGCUGCAGGUUGCAGCCAGGAAAAGCCAGGUGACCUUGGAUGUGGAGAAGCUCUGUGACCUGGAGAUAAUGCCCAGCUCAGAGGCUGCCGACGGGGAGAAGGCCUCUGUGCUCUACUACCAGCAGGAGCUGAAACAGCUGAAGGAGGAGUUUGAGAGGUACAAGAUGAGGGCCCAGGUGGUCCUCAAGAGCAAGAACGCCAAAGACGGCAAUGUGGCCAAGGAGCUGGAGGAAGCCCAGGAACAGCUCGCGGAACUGAAGGAGAAGUAUAUCUCUCUGCGGCUGUCCUGCGAGGAGCUCGAGCGCCAGCACCAGCAGGAGGCUGACGACUGGAAGCAGGAGCUGGCCCGGCUGCAGCAGCUCCACCGGCAGGAGCUGGAGCGCAGCCAGCUGGACUUCCGGGACCGCACGCUGAAGCUGGAGGAGGAGCUGCACAAGCAGCGGGACCGGGCCCUGGCCGUGCUGGCCGAGAAGGACUUGGAGCUGGAGCAGCUGCGUUCCGUGGCCUUGUCCUGCGGGCUGCCAGGGCGCAGGAGCCCUGUGGGUGGCGGGGGUCCCGGGGACCCAGCUGACAUGUCUUCCCCAGACAGCCUGACCCAGGCGCUGCAGCUGGCUGCGGCCAAUGAGCCCACUUUCUUCCUCUAUGCCGAGCAGUUGGCCCGCAAGGAGGUGGAGAUCACAUCGCUGAGGAAGCAGAGACACAGGCUGGAGGUCGAGGUGCAUCAGCUGCAGGACCGGCUGCUGGAGGAGGGAGAGCGCCAUCGCGAGGAGGUUGGAGCCCUGCAGAGCCACAUCGAGAAGAAUAUCCGGGACCAGAGUAGGGAGGGAGCCAACCUGGAGUACCUCAAAAACAUCAUCUACCGCUUCCUGACCUUGCCUGACACCCUGGGCCGCCAGCAGACGCUCACGGCCAUCCUGACCAUCUUGCAUUUCAGUCCAGAGGAGAAACAAGUGAUAAUGCGGCUCCCAACCAGUGGUAGCUGGUGGCCUUCUGGCAAGAGAUGAUACCAUUUUCACUGACUCCUGAAAUUUCUGUGCCUCUUACAUGGGAAGGGACAGAUUGUGGUUUCUACUGCCUCUUCUCUUACAUUCUCAUUUUUUUCCUUCACUGUGUUGAACUAGGAGAGUCUUCAAUGUGGGAUGGGAUUUUUCUGCCAAAUGCCAUUAAUGCCACAUUAUCCUGGGGCCCUAGAGAUACUGAAAGAGUCCCAACUACAUCUGCAGGUGGUGUGUUUGUGAGGGGAAGAGGCGGGGAGAGAUGAAGGUUGAGAGGUGCCAAAGUUGGGGAAGUGGUGAGAAUCUUUUAAAAUAAGACUUUUUGUUUGAGUUUUCCGCUCCUGGUGCAGAACCAGGAGUAAAUGUGACUCCAAAGGGAGUUCAGGUAUUUCUAAACACUCAUAGGACCAGCUGUUGACUCCCCAUCUCAUCAUAAUCUGAGUCUGGUCCACCGCUGCCCCAAUUUUCUGGGGACAUAAAUCCAGGCUGAAGAGGGACCAAGAAGUUUGAGAUAGUGACAGAUUGUCCACCAUUAUCCACAGAUUCUUCAGUUCUGGAACUGGAAAGCUUGGUCUAGUCAGGGCUAGGUACGAACUAAUCAGUCUGGAUAAAGCACACCACUGUGACCAUCUUGUAGGGGGCGCUGAGCAUCACUUCGGUCUUCGGGAUUUCCUGAGUAGCCAGCUUUUGGCCUGGAUAGGGAUAUGAUAGGCCUCUUGCAUUUGACCCUGCCUUAACCUGUCUGCCUAAAGUUGGCCUGAAAUUGUGAGUGAAUGACUUUGCUAUCUUUUCCUCAGCAGCGUUGAACUUUGAUUAAGAAAAAAUCCCUAGCUUCUUGCCGAGAGGGGUCAGAUUGGAAAACUGAUCUUGCCUGGAUACAAUGAAAUAGCUCAGAGGUUUACAACCGCCUCCCCUGCCCCCAAGCUGUUUCUGCCCUUGUAGGACAGGGAAGAGGAGGAGAUAGAUUUGCUGAUUCCUGAAGAUUGCUGUGACCUUCACUGGAAAGCCGUGGAAGUUCAUCCGAGCAGCUGGAGUGCUUGCUGCCCCGUGGAUAGCAUUCUGGCAAAAUCUCCACAUCUCUGCAGCCAGGAUUUUCAUAGAUUACUGUCACCAGGGUAUUUUUCCUUUAGGGAGUAAUAGAGUGUCAGUACACAAUCCUUGUCUUCCCUACAUGCAUUACUAUAAUUUUCCCUCCUUCCUGUGAGGCAUCUGGAAAGGGAUGACUCAGAAAAGUUGGGUUCAAACAGUAUCAGUUCCACAAUUUUUUUCCUUUCCCCAUCUUCUCUUGCUGGUUAUAGAGAUCUUUGUUUCCGAAAGACCAGUACUUUGCCACUGACUGGACUAAUGUAUAUCCUUCUGUUAGUUCAUCAUAGGGAUCUGCUUUGUGAGGGUUUGGGAUGCAGAAGACUUUGAUUAAAUGUUGUGAUUGGGAGGCUGGGUGACCUGUACUAUCUACAAACAGCAGACUUAAAAGAUGGGAUGUGUUCAAAUGAUAAGCCAUGGAAUCAUUAAACCUGAACAACCUGG